AUGAGGUUCAUGGAGAUUUUCAUCGAUGACAACCACAGGCCAGAGCUGAUAGGACUUGUUCAAGCCCCUUGUGUGCUUGAUGAAGAGAGCCUUCAAGCUUUGUUUGAUGAGCCACUAGGAAGGGCUCUAAAAGAAGGGGAGGAUGUAGCCUCAGGAGAUAAAAGAAAGGAUCCACCAGCUCAGGCCCCUUCAGUCAAGCCAUCUCAGCUCACAAUGACCUUGUUCCCCACCAAGUUUGAAAAUGGGAAGAUUGAGUACAAGAUAAGGUACAAGGGGAGAUCAAGGCCAUUCUCUAGAGCCAAGGCCUUGGUGACUUCAGAACAAUCCAGGGACCCAACCAAGCUAAAGGAGCUUCUGUCUCAAGUCCUCACUAUCACCCUUGAUGGUGGGACUAGCUCAACCAAUGCCUAA